AGCAAACGUUUGCUUGAUUUUCAGGAUGAAUCUGGAAAAACUCAGCAAACCAGAACUACUGACGCUGUUUAGCAUUCUUGAGGGAGAAUUAGAAGCAAGAGAUCUUGUCAUAGAAGCCUUGAAGGCGCAGCAUAGAGAUACGUUCAUUGAAGAACGCUAUGGAAAGUACAAUAUCAGCGAUCCACUAAUGGCUCUGCAGAGAGAUUUUGAGACCCUGAAAGAGGGAAAUCAUGGUGAAAAGCAACCUGUCUGCUCCAAUCCCUUAUCUAUUUUGAAAGUGGUGAUGAAACAUUGCAAGAAUAUGCAGGAAAGGAUGUUAUCCCAACUAGCUGCUGCAGAAAGCAGACACAGAAAGGUGAUCCUGGACCUGGAGGAGGAAAGACAGCGUCACGCCCAGGACACGGCGGAGGGCGACGACGUCACCUACAUGCUGGAGAAGGAGAGGGAACGGCUCACACAGCAGUUGGAGUUUGAAAAAUCCCAAGUGAAGAAGUUUGAAAAGGAGCAGAAGAAGCUGUCCAGCCAGCUGGAAGAGGAGAGGGCCCGCCACAAGCAGCUGUCCUCCAUGCUGGUAGUGGAGUGCAAGAAAGCCACUGCCAAAGCAGCUGAAGAGGGGCAGAAGACAGCAGAAUUGAGCUUGAAAUUGGAGAAAGAGAGGAGCAAGGUGAGUAAACUGGAGGAGGAGCUGGCAUCCAAGAGGAAACGGGGCUUACAGAUGGAAGCACAAGUAGAAAAGCAGCUGUCAGAGUUUGACAUUGAAAGAGAACAGCUGAAAGCCAAGCUGAACAGGGAGGAAAACCGUACCAAAGCCCUGAAAGAAGAGGUGGAAUGUUUGAAGAAAUCCCUGAAAGAGCUGGAGGCUGCUUGCCAGGAGCACCAUGCUGCCGAGCCCGCGCAGCCAGGGCCCUCAACGACGUCCAGGAGCGUCGCAACUGAGAGUCCCACAGUGAGGUCCGUGUCCUGYCAGACCGAGUGUCCGCAGGCAGACAGAGCAGACGCCGCCAGCGCCAGCAGAGCUGCGAGCACCGCGUUUCCCAGCCCCACCACACCUGCUCCCUCCUAUGCCAAAUCCAAYGGCCAUUGCGACUCCGACACGCACGUGGCAGGCGAGCUGCAGCACACGAGCGCAGCAGAGAACCCGGCUCAGAAGGAUAAGCCUGGCACCGCCCUGGAGAGUGCAGCUGAGAAUGGAAGUUCUCCUGUGAGAACAGAGUCCCCAGUGCACCUGAUGUCCCAGCUCCCCUCCUCGCUGUCCCCCAGCAGCACCGCUGCGUCCUCUCUGACCCCCUCUCCGUGCUCCUCGCCCGUGCUGAGCAGGCGCUUGGUGGCAGCUUCCGCAGGCAGCCCYGGUUACCAGUCCUCCUACCAGGUGGGGAUCAACCAGCGCUUCCACGCCGCUCGGCACAAGUUUCAGUCGCAGGCCGAACAGGAGCACCAGGCGAGUGGUCUGCAGAGCCCCCCGUCGCGGGAUUUGUCUCCGACUCUAGCAGAUAACUCUGCUGCCAAGCAGCUCGCCCGCAAUACAGUCACUCAGGUGCUUUCCAGAUUUACCAGCCAGCAGGGAGCYAUUAAACCAGUCUCCCCUAAUAGCUCCCCCUUUGGCACGGACUAUCGAAACCUGGCCAAUGCUGUGAGCCCCAAAAGUGAGUCUGGUCACUCCCCAGGCGCAGGCAAGGUUUCCAGUCCGCUAAGCCCUUUGUCUCCUGGAAUCAAAUCUCCAACCAUUCCCAGAGCAGAAAGAGGGAACCCGCCGCCCAUUCCUCCAAAGAAACCUGGCCUUGCUCAGUCACCUGCUGCUCCCGCUCCCGUCACCAAAGCGGCUUCUCAGGCGUCUCCCCUGGGUGCCCCCACGGACGUGGCAAGUAGCUGCUCUAACACCACGGUGGUGUCGAAUGGCAAAGACAUUGAGAUACUCCUGCCAACGAGCAGCUAGUCUCCAGAAAAUGUGAAUGUGACAUUCCACGGCUUAGCAUCCUAGCGCUAAGACACUGUUUUUCCACUCCAUGUUAUUUAUUUCCAUAGAAGCAGAGUCUGUCUGUAUAAAGCAUUUAGUAUAUUUUUCUUUUUUUUAAUAGGUAGGGAAAUAUUUUUGUUUAUGAAGAAACCUUAACUACAGCUAUACAGUAGCCUCAAGUGUCUCAUGGCAGCAGGCAAAUCAUCAGAGAUGACAGGAAUCGUAAUCAUGUGCUGGGACCUAAUCCUCAAACUAUAGUAGGACUGAAAUGCUACUUUUAAAUUAUGCAGAAACUUGUGCAGACUUUUUAUUCCAGAUGAACAUUUUAUUAAAAGUGCCUGAACUAAGCCUGCAAUAUGAAUGUGAUUCUCUGGAAAAGGCAAGAAGGGAACCAUCUAGCUGCAGAAAUGAAUUCUUCUGUGAGUCAUGAAUGUUUAAACCAACACUGGUUUUAAUUCUUUCCAUUUGUUGAAAUGAGUUGGCAAAUAUGCUACAAGUAAGUUCUGUAAGGUGACCACCAGACUGACACAGCCAGCCACACUUUGCCCUUUAGGACAGAGGUCCUGGAUAUUUUAGGAGUUUCUUGGUGCAAAAUUUAGCCUUAGUACCAUCCUCAUCAAUACUUGGACAAAGAAUAUUGAGAGAAGUAUUUGUUGCUCUGGUAACACGUGUUCUUUGGAAAUGACUGUGUGCUUUAAAUGGCCAAGUUCUAGCUUCUGGCAGGUCACUUUUAACUUCAAAUUGUUCAGGCAUUCUACUGUCAUGUAUAGAACUUCUGAGAAAAGGAUCUUGCUAUUACUUGAUAAUGAUCUUGCUAUUACUUGAAAAGAAAAACCCUUAGUCCGUGUGGUGCAGGUGCUUUGCAAGAGCAAAAUGGGCUCUUCUCCAGGAGAAAGCAGUAACUUUGCUGCUCCCCUGUAUUGCCCGUGGGAUGGACCUGGAUCGCUGCAGGACUCGCU